AUGGCCUCCAGCACCUAUAAGCAUUAUGAUGAUGAUGAUUUUAAAGCCAAAGAGUUUGUUGAAACUCACUUUGCUGAUGAACAUAACAGCAUAAUGGAGGAAAACAUUGGCCAUCCAGCGAAAAUACUGCAUGAACUGUUUUCUUCAGGACAAGUGACAGGAGAAAUAUUGAUCGAUAUUAGUAUCGGGGCUAUAAUCUACCAGCUCUUAUCAGCCAGCAAUAUUUUCAAGAAGAUCUAUGUGAUUGAUUUCACAGAUGCCAAUAUCAAACACUUCAAGCAAUGGCUGGAGAAGGGUAAAGAUGCCACUGACUGGUCAUUUGCUUCCAAACGAGUUUGUGAACUUCAAGGCAAUAGAGAUGGAUGGCAGGAACAGGAAGAGAAAGUGAGAAGAGCGAUUAAAAAUGUUGUUAAAUGGGAUAUCUUUGAAAAUAGUUGUAUAGAUCCCCUACUUGUACCCAUGGCUGAUUGUGUCAUCAGUCUCUGGAUAAUAAAUGUAAUUAGUAAAACCAAGGAAGAUUUCCAGAAGAACGUGAAAAGUUUCACAUCACGGCUUAAGAUCGGUGGACAUCUGCUGCUCUUUACUGUGCUGGGUAUGACCUACUAUAGAGUGGGGAACCACAAGCACUUUGUCCUUACAGUGGAUGAAGCUUUUGUACGAGAGGCAGUGAUUAAUGCUGGGUUUGUCAUUGAGAAGACAGAUUUGUGGAAUGGUAUAGCAGAGUCUGAUAUUGUUGAUUAUAAGCAGUUGUUUUUCAUCCUUGCUCGCAAGGAAAGAGAGGUCUAA